UCCAGCAGACGCAACAGGUGCAUCGAGCAGCCAUGCAGGUCCUUAUGGUAUUCACCUUGGCGUCGCUGGCGGCGAUGGCCGCGGGCGAAGCGCCCUCCACCAGCUACGGCGCGCCAUCCCGCCAGCUGCCAGGCCAGCCCCAGCGGCUCCAGGCGCAACAGAAGCAGCAGCAGCCACAAGCCUUCGCGCAGUCGCAGGCGCAGCCGGCAUUCGCGGCCCCACAGCCAGUCUCUGGACUUUCCGCAGCCAGCUUCCGCCCACAGUUCUUCAUUCCCGCACAGGACUUCUCCCGCCUCACUGACUCCUACCACCUGCCUACGUUUACCACCUCCGCCCCCACCACCACUGAGGCUGCCACCACCACUACUGAGGCUCCUUACAACUACGGCAAGGCGGAGCUGCGUGAGGCGGAGGAGAGCGGCGUGUACUACGUGCUGCAGCCAGACGGCCGCCUGCAGCGCAUCGCCUACGCCCACGGACCCGCCCCCGCAGCUGCCGCCCCCAAGCAGCAGCUGCGCGCUGCCUCCAGUGAGCUGUCUGCUCUGCAGCAGCCAGCGCUCACCCCCGGCUACCUGGCGCGCUUCCAGUACCAGGACCUGCAUCCUGCCGGCGCUCCCAUCUACUCCUACAAACAACCUGAGCUCGUGCGCAUCAACUAGGCUUCUCGCAUGUACCAUAGUUCCACAACAAGACAUGGUUUUCAAUAUGAUGACCAUGUCAGAAAAAUCGCUUUAUUACAAUACUUCUUUUCAUAUGUUAGUUCGUUGUUGACUACUGUUGUAAGAUCUGCAAUUUGUAUUAAAUGUUUUUUUUACCAACUGCAAACUUUUUGUUUAAUAAACUGUGUUAUCAGUACUUUACCUUCCACGGCAUAUGGUCCUGUAAUGGUAACUACAGUUGUUACAUGCUGCAAAUGUAACAUACUACCUGUCAAAUACAGCACCGUGCAGUGUCUCCAACUGAGUAGACUAAUGAUUAGUUACCUGACAAUGUAGAACAAAUUCAUAUAUCUCUUUGAUGGGAACAUGCAAAAAUAUAUUUUUCUAUGUGAUAACUA